GACACGGAAAGGUCAAACUGGAGGCGAGGGCAGCGAGCGCGGCGGGGCCGCGGCGGCGGCAGCGGSRGCACGGCUGCUCCGGGAGGCUCCGCGGGACCCGCCACCAGGGCGAGGCAGCCCCUCGGUCCCCGCCGCCUCCCCGCACAGGAUUAUUUUGCAGCUAAUAUAGUGGCUGUCUAAGUAACUUGCAUCAUGAAGUCCAAAAAUUCGUGUCGCAGUAGAGGAAGUAUGAAUCCCUCAGCUGGAAGACAGAGAGCAUGACUACUGUCCUGCCACAGUGCUUUUACCAUGUUCAGUUUAAACCAUCCUGAAAGUAUACCACUAGUCAGACUCUGUGGUGGAUCAGUUCCAUCUUCAUGUGUAAGCUUUGUAACUUAUUUUCACCAAAUAAGUCCGAACUGUUGUCUCAUGUCUCCGAGAAACACACAGAAGAAGGGACCAGUGUGGAUGACAUCAUUAUUCCACUCCAACCUCUAACAGUACCCACAAACACAAGCAAAGAUGGAGAAGAACUUCUCAUAACGAAGAGGAAAAGGGGUAGACCAAAAGGGUCCACUAAGAAGUUUUGUGUGGAUGAAGAUGGGACWGAAAAUAACACUGUUCCAAGCAAAGAAACUCCAGCUGGGACAGAAGAAGGCCCAGAACCAUCUGAAGUCUCACCAGGCAGCUUGGAAUGCAAGAAAUGCAACCGCAAGUUCUCCAACACACGUCAGCUGACCAAACACAUCUGCAUUAUUGUUCUAAAUGAAGGGGAAGAAGAAGGAGAUGGAGGUAAUGAUUCUGACGUUGACCUUGACAGGAAGGAAGAUGAGCGAGAAAAAGCUCCAAAGAGGCCCAGAGUUCAGAAAACAGAGAAAACAGCAUCAACUAAGGAGASUGAGCAGGUUUCAGCAGCUAAAAACCCUAUUAUAAGUGUGGUUUUGACAGCCCAUGAAACUAUUCCAGGAGCCAGAAAAAUUGUUCCUCUUGAGGCUUCUCCUAAYGAAAGUGAACCCGCCACUCCAGAAACAGCAGUCCAAGACCCAUCACAACGAAAAGGAUAUCAAGAAUAUGCCAUUCAGCAAACCCCAUAUGAACAGGCAAUGAAAACAAGCAGGUUGGGUCCAACUCAACUGAAGAUUUUUACAUGUGAAUACUGUAACAAGGUGUUCAAAUUUAAACACUCCCUCCAAGCACAUCUGAGGAUUCAUACAAAUGAGAAACCUUACAAGUGUUCUUACUGCAGUUAUGCCAGUGCAAUCAAAGCCAACCUCAAUGUUCACCUACGUAAGCACACAGGGGAGAAGUUCAGCUGUGAUUAUUGUACCUUCACUUGUCUCAGCAAAGGCCAUCUCAAGGUCCACAUCGAAAGGGUUCAUAAGAAAAUAAAGCAGCACUGUCGUUUCUGCAAAAAGAAAUACUCAGAUGUUAAAAAUUUGAUCAAGCACAUGAAGGAAACUCAUGACCUGCAAGAUAAAAAGGUGAAAGAUGUUUUUGAUGAGCUUCGCUUGAUGACACGAGAGGGCAAAAGRCAACUCCUUUAUGACUGCCAUAUUUGUGAGCGCAAAUUCAAAAAUGAGCUGGACCGGGACCGUCACAUGCUCGUUCAUGGUGACGAAAGACCCUUUGCUUGUGAGCUCUGUGGUCAUGGAGCCACUAAAUACCAAGCCCUUGAGCUUCAUGUUCGAAAGCACCCUUUUGUGUAUGUGUGUUCUGUGUGCCUGAAGAAGUUUGUCAGUUCUGUGAGGCUCCGUGCUCACAUCAAAGAUGUGCACGCAGAUCUGCAGGAGGAUUCUGUUUUUAACAAUUCCAUCAACCAAAGCUUCUGUCUGCUUGAACCAGGAGGUGACAUCCAGCCAGAAGCCCUUGCUGAGCAGCAGACACAAACUGCAGAUGGAUUGACUGUCACGAGUACUGAUGCUGUUAACACCCCACAGCCAUCUGCUUCUAAAGGUGAAUCAGCAGCUGCAGAUGUAAACCAUAAUGGUCAACAGAAUGGUGAGGUAAAAAUCGAUGCAGUCCUUUCCUUAGAGUUUGAAAAUCCUCUGGUUCAGAAUGUAACAGAGACACUGUGUCAGACAGCAGAUGUAGCAGUCCCAGACAUUCAGCCCUGUGUAACAUCAGAUUGCUUCCUGCUGAAAAAYGGUACUGCUGGUCCUGAGGAGUUAAGAGUUUCUCCUCCAAAUGAAGAAAAAGUUAAUCAAUGCAGUUCUGUAAAUGAGCAGGGUGAAGAAAUUAAUCUUUUACUGUCUGAAGACAAAAGUWUAAAUCUGAGUCAGAACAGUGCAAUGACUGAGAACCUUCCAGUCCCUGAAGAGAGAACCCAGCCUGUUCCUCCUAGUGAAUCAGAAACAAGCAAUCCACCCAUGCAGAAUCCAGCAGAACCUGCAGACCCUUUGCCAGCACCAGAAGCUGGUGCAGCCCCCAGCCCACAGGCAGCCUCUUCUAACACACCUACAUCCAACGGGGGCACUGGAUCYGUUGCCUUCAUGCAGAUCUUGGACAGUUUGCAGAAGAGACAAAUGAACACUGAGCUGCGUGAGAGGAUAAGGAAGGUUUAUGGAGAUUUGGAAUGUGAAUACUGCGGCAAGUUAUUUUGGUACCAGGUGCACUAUGACAUGCAUGUCCGUACUCACACUCGAGAACAUUUAUAUUACUGCUCCCAGUGCAAUUAUUCUUCCAUCACCAAGAACUGCCUUAAGCGUCACGUCAUUCAGAAACACAGUAAUAUUCUGCUGAAGUGUCCCACAGAACAYUGUGACUACUCCACUCCAGAUAAAUACAAGCUCCAGGCACACCUCAAAGUUCACACAGAUAUGGAUAAAAAGAGUUAUUCCUGUCCUGUGUGUGAGAAGUCAUUUUCUGAAGAUCGACUUAUAAAAUCUCACAUCAAGACAAAUCACCCUGAGGUUUCAAUGACUACUAUUUCUGAGAUUCUUGGCAGAAGAGUUCAGCUGAAAGGACUCAUUGGAAAACGAGCUGUGAAAUGUCCCCACUGUGACUUUUAUUUUAUGAAGAAUGGAUCAGAUCUUCAACGUCAUAUUUGGGCUCAUGAAGGUGUCAAACCGUUCAAAUGUUCCCUCUGUGAGUAUGCCACUCGCAGCAAGAGCAACUUGAAAGCCCACAUGAAUCGUCACAGCACAGAGAAAACACACCUUUGUGAUAUGUGUGGGAAAAAGUUCAAGUCAAAAGGCACUUUGAAGAGCCAUAAACUCCUUCAUACUGCUGAUGGAAAGCAGUUUAAAUGCACAGUGUGUGACUACACAGCUGCCCAGAAACCACAGCUCCUACGUCAUAUGGAACAACAUGUCUCUUUCAAGCCCUUCCGCUGUGCRCACUGCCACUAUUCCUGCAAUAUAUCUGGUUCCCUGAAGAGGCAUUACAACAGGAAACAUCCUAAUGAAGAGUAUGUAAAUGUAGGGUCUGGAGAGCCUGCAGCUGAAGCCCUUAUCCAACAAGGUGGCAUUAAGUGUCCUGUUUGCAGCUUUGUGUAUGGUACUAAAUGGGAGUUCAACAGACAUCUUAAAAACAAACAUGGAAUGAAGUUAGUGGAAAAUGAUGGGGAGACCAAAUGGGAGUUAACUGCCGAAGUGUCUGAAGAAGCAUCCACUCAGUAUCUCCAUAUCACAGAGGCUGGAGAAGAUGUUCAAGGCACUCAAGCUGCUGUAGCUGCMUUACAGAACCUUAGAUACACUUCUGAGAACAGUGAAAGACUGGAUCCAACAGCUGUAAACAUCCUGCAGCAGAUCAUUGAGUUGGGCUCAGAAUCCCACGAUGCCACUGCAGUCGCUUCUGUCGUUACCAUGGCACCUGGCACGGUGACAGUGGUGAAACAGGUGAAAGAAGAGGAACAAUCAGCCAACCACACCCUGAUGAUCCAGGAGACGCUGCAGCAAGCCUCGGUGGAGCUGUCAGAGCAGCAUCAUCUGGUGGUGUCCUCAGAUGAGGUGGAGGGGAUCGAGACUGUGACUGUCUAUACCCAGGGUGGAGAGGCUUCAGAAUUCAUUGUUUAUGUUCAGGAAGCUGUGCAGCCUGUGGAGGAGCAAACUGUGGAAGAAACAGUGCAGGAGCUCUAGAGGACAGUGUUCAAAGGAGAUGACUUUUUGAUUUGCCAAAGCCAGAGG